UGCGGCAUGUGUUGUCUUGCAGUUGCCGAUUCAUUGUGGAGAUGGCGGUGAACGGGGGUGAAGCUGCCGGCCUGAGACAAGUGGCUGCCAUGUACGAGCAGCUGAAGGCGGAGUGGAACAAGAAGAGUCCGAACCUCAGCAAGUGCGGGGAUGUGCUGGGGAAGCUGAAGUUGGCCCUUUUGGAGCAGAAUUUUUUACCCACUACUGAUGCCAAAUUGACCAAGCAGCAGCUGAUCUUAGCUAGAGACGUCUUGGAGAUUGGUGCCCAAUGGAGCAUCCUGAAGAAAGACAUCCCUGCGUUUGAAAGAUACAUGGCGCAGCUGAAGUGUUAUUACUUUGACUAUCAGAAUGAGCUCCCUGAAUCUGCAUACAACCACCAGCUGCUGGGCCUCAACCUCCUCUUCCUCCUGUCACAGAACAGAGUGGCCGAGUUUCACACUGAGCUGGAACGGUUACCUGCCAAAGACAUCCAGGCAAAUGUAUACAUAAAGCACCCAGUGUCUCUAGAGCAGUACCUGAUGGAGGGCAGCUAUAACAAGGUGUUUCUGGCCAAAGGGAACAUUCCUGCAGAGAGUUACACAUUCUUCAUUGACAUUCUGCUAGACACAAUAAGAGAUGAGAUUGCAGGUUGCAUUGAGAAGGCCUAUGAGAAGAUCCUGUUUGAUGAAGCCGCACGGAUAUUAUUCUUCAGUCCUCCAAAGAAAAUGACAGACUAUGCAAAAAAGCGUGGUUGGGUAUUGGGCCCAAACAACUACUACAGUUUCAGCAGCCAGCAGCAGAAUCCGGAGGAGGCCACGAUUCCUUCCACAGAAUUAGCCAAACAAGUGAUUGAAUACGCCCGCCAGCUGGAAAUGAUCGUAUAAAUGAUGGGAAGUUGCUCCAGCCAACUUCCCACUUGUGUUCUCUUUCCUGGUCUGCCUGUUCACCGGCCAUUCUCACUCAUUAUUUUAUAGACGAUAGAUUGGGGGUAGGGGAUAUUUUGUAAGAAGAUGUAUUAUUGAAUAAUACCUUGACACCAUUUUCCCUGGGCUGGUUUUAUAGAACAACUCCACCCACUGUAAUAAAAAAAAAAAAUUAUUUUUUUUUUUUUUUUUUGCUGCUUCUGUGAAAUAUUGUUACAAUAAUAUUUCUUUAUCUUCCAAGAACACACAAUUAUAAUUUUUUGUCUGUUGUACAGGGUGAAGCAUACCUUUUUAUAAUCACUGUCCUGGUAGCAGGAUAUGCGCUUAAAUUUUGCGGCCGCUUCUAAUCCGGUGUCUUGGUCAGAAACUAUCAUGAUAUGGAGACUGUUUCUUGAAGUCCCAUGCAAAUCCAUAGAACUACUGGCAAAUCCAUCUUAUGAUCGCAAUAGUUUCAGAGCAGGUCAUGGAAGCAGAAUCCGCUGCAAAAUGGAAACGUGUAUCCUGCCACUAAAACAACCAUUAGAGGUAUGCUUUAAAGGGGUACUCCAGUGGAAAACUUUUAUUUUUUUAUUUUUUAUUUUUUUAUCAACUGGUGCCAGAAAGUUACAGUUUUGUAAAUUACUUCUAUUAAAAAAUCUUAAUCCUUCCAGUACUUAUUAUCUGCUGAAUACUACAGAGGAAAUUCUUUUCUUUUUGGAACAUAGAGCUCUCUGCUGACAUCUCUGUCCAUUUUAGCAUAUGUUUUCUAUGGGGAUUUUCUCCUACUCUGCUGACAUCUCUGUCCAUUUUAAGAACUGUCCAGAGAGCACUGUGGUCAUGAUGUCAGCAGAGAGCUCAGUGUUCCAAAAAGAAAAGAAU